CACAGGAGGGGCGCCAACCCGCCUUCACUCAUCUGAAGGCUGGAGACACGGUUGUCAACUAACUUAACUACGGCUGAAAAGCUCCGCACAUCACCGGCUUGACGUCAGAGAGAGGGAAUACAAAAAAAAACGAAAAUCCUCCCGGGACAAGAGGGAGAGAACAUCCGCGUGAGCCACCCGGGGAGCUGAAAUUUAACCAAACAUUUUUCUAGGGGGAUGGUGGUCCCAUACGAGGGCCAGUCCUUCUCUGCCCUGAGGAGGCAGUGUCAGCAGAAUGGCCGUCUGUUUGAAGACCCCCUGUUCCCCACAGCCGACCAGUCUCUGUUCUACCAGAGCAACCGCAUCGGCACAGUCACCUGGCAGAGGCCCAAGGAGUUAUGCAGCAACCCCCACCUGUUUGUGGACGGCAUCAGUGCCCACGACCUGCACCAGGGCCAGCUGGGAAACUGCUGGUUCGUAGCUGCCUGCUCCAGUCUGGCCUCCAGAGAGACACUAUGGCAGAAGGUGAUCCCUGACUGGAAGGACCAGGAGUGGGAUGACGAAAAACCGGAGUCCUACGCCGGGAUCUUCCACUUCCGGUUCUGGCGGUUCGGUGAGUGGGUGGACGUGGUGAUCGACGACCGGCUGCCCACGGCGAACGGAGAGCUGGUGUACUGCCACUCCAACGACAGCAACGAGUUCUGGAGCGCGCUGGUGGAGAAGGCCUACGUGAAGAUGUGCGGCUGCUAUGAGGCGCUCGAUGGGGGCAACACGGCCGACGCUCUCGUGGAUUUCACCGGCGGCGUGACGGAGCCGAUGGACUUGAUGGAGAACGGCUUCAAAGACGACGAAGAGAAACGCAACGAGCUGUUCGAGAGAGUCCUGAAGGUCCACGACAGAGAGGGCCUCAUCAGCUGCUCCAUCCGGGCGACCACUGCGGCCGACAUGGAGGCCAGGCUGUCCUGCGGCCUGGUGAAGGGCCAUGCCUACGCGGUGACGGACGUCCGCAGGGUGCGGCUGGGCCACGGCCUGCUGGCCUACUUCCGGUCGGACAAACUCACCAUGAUCCGCAUGAGAAACCCCUGGGGAGAGAGAGAGUGGAACGGGGCCUGGAGCGACAGCUCUGAAGAGUGGAAGAAGGUCAGUAAGAGUGAGAGGGAGAAGAUCGGUGUCACUGUGCAGGAUGAUGGAGAGUUCUGGAUGACGUUUGAUGACUUCAUCGCCAACUUCACAGACAUCAUCCUGUGUCGCCUCAUCAACACAUCCUACCUGAGCUUCCACAAGACCUGGGAGGAGGCCGUGAUGCAGGGCUCCUGGAAGAGCCACAGCGACCCGCUUCUCAACCGAGCCGGGGGCUGCACCAACAACAAGCACUCCUUCCUCCAGAACCCGCAGUAUGUGUUUGACGUGAAGAAGCCGGAGGACGAGAUUCUGAUCUGUCUGCAGCAGAAAGACCGCAGAGCCACGCUGAGAGAGGGACGAGGAGAAAACCUGGCUAUUGGCUUCGAGAUACACAGGGUGGAGUUCAACAGGACCUACCGUAUGCACGUCACCCAGCAGAAGGUGGGCGGGAGCACCUACAUCAACUCCAGGUCUGUGUUCAGACGCAUCGAGCUGCCUGAGGGGCGGUACGUCAUCAUACCCACCACCUUUGACCCUGGCCUGGAGGGAGACUUCCUGCUCCGCACCUUCACCGACGUGCCGUCUGACUGCAAAGAGUUGACUCUACAUGUGCCUCCACAGACCUGCUGGUCUGGGAUGUGUGGUUAUCCCUCUCUGGUCACGCAGGUCCACAUACUGAAUGCGAAUGGACUUGCAGGACAAGACUCUGAUGGAGUGUCGGACCCCUACGUGAUAAUUCAUUGUGAAGGAGAGAAGGUUCGCUCACCAGUCCAUAAAAACACACGCAGCCCCAACUUUGACACCAAGGGGCUGUUCUACAGGAAGAAAGCCAACCAGCCAAUCAGAAUCAAGAUCUACAACCACAACGUGUUGAAGGACUCCUUCCUGGGUCAGGUGACGGUGCCGGCCGAGCAGGGCGAGUUCCAGCAGACGCUCCACCUGAGGGCCAAGGGCGAUCGCCGUGACAACGACCUGCCGGGGACCCUCACUGUCGCUAUAGUGACCAGCACGGUGCUCACCAACAUCUGAGACACGCCACCAAAAAAAACGUCCAGUCAGCUUAAGUUUUCCAAGUCGCGGGUUUACAAAGUUAGCACGAAUAGAGGGUUUACGUUUUGGAAGUUUACUUUACAGAAGAUUACACAUCCAGCAGGAGGAGACCUGAUGCUCCUGCUAUGCUUUAACCUGAUGCCACUAAAUGUCUGUUUACAAAAUGAUUUACAGUACCUGUAUCGGGUGAAUCUGAUUGUUCUAAAAAUGAGUUUUACCUCAGUUAUAUAUACGUUUACAUGCACAAUAUAUUCAGUGUUAUGCCCUUAUUCUGUAAAAUACACACAGGACACAUGCAAGAGCAUUUUCGUCUUCACAUCUUACUUAUUUUAAUCAGUAAGCUUGUACGAGUGUCAUACAAUAUCGGAGUCAGCGAACGCUCCAACUUUCUCGCUAAAUUUAGCAACCUUUGGAGCUACUGCUACCAACCCUGCCUUUAAAGAAAAGUGUGUUUCUUUGUCCAAACAGAAAUGUGAGCUUUUAUUUUGGACAUGCCUCUCUGCCCAGCCUUGUAAACCAUUGGCCUGUUGGUUUGUGUUCACCGCACAGAGCUGGCCGUAAACAGGCAAGAGGACGUGUGUCGCGAACUGCCGUAAAACCCAAAUGUGAGACGCAUAUUGUGAAUGUACAAAGAAUCCUCCUAAAACCUGAAUAAUAUCUGCAUAUCACACACGUCUUAAUUGGAAAAUGCAACAUUGAGAGUAAGACCUGAUGCAGGAUAGCCAAACGGAAUAUGUUGUUUACAAACAUGACCCGUAUCAAAUUCAGACUUCUGUCAUGUUCAGAAUAAUAGUGGGAUAUUAGUGUGCAUGUAAACAUGGUCGGUGUUUACAUUUCUUCAUGUCAUGUCUAUUGACCACUACUUAAUGUCAUUUUUACUCUACUGUUUAAUGUCUUAUUCUAUUUGCUCUUUUUAAAAUCCUACUCGUCUUUUGAUAUGGGCUUCUUUUAUAUCUUGUCUCCUGUACACCUCUAUGUAUUGCCUUGUUGAGGCACAUAAACGUACCUAGUAGUGUAACACCACCUGCCACAAAGAACCUGCCAUUGUGAUAUUAGCUAGCAUUAGCAUGUUGUGCUGUUUGCCAUAUCAUAAGUUUCUCUUAAUGUGCAAGGUGGCCUUUUUUGAUGAAUUACGUGAAGUAUUUCACUCUGGGUAAAUACAAUGGUAUUUUAGUCCGAUUACAAGUUGUAGUUUACUUUGUCAGAAUAUAUAAAAUAAACAUAAAUAUACACUGCCAUUCAAAAGUUUGUAAUCAGAUUUUAUAUUGAUGUUUUUCUUCUUUGCAUGGAUAGAAAUAGAAUCAUUUAGACACCAAAUGUUUUAUUUACAUUUUGUUUUAUUUAGCUGACGUCCCCUCAGUGUUACAUGACGGGAGAGAAUACUGUUGAACUUGGAUGCAGUCUUCAGUGAUCCUCCAUCUUUACUGAACUGGGCUCUAAAUAUUGAGUGGGUCUGUUUCUCCUUGGGCCCUCUGCAGUCUACUCAGUGGUUAGAUUGAAGAGGUUUAAACUGUCUUUUUUUCCACGUUAAAGUGAUAAGAUCACAACCUCCUGCUGCAGUUCCUUUUAAUGGCCACUUGACUGCAAAGGGGAGUCAAUCCCCAUAGACCUCCAUGUUAACACGCUCAACUUUAUAUUUAUUA